AUGAAGUACGAUUACAUAAAUAGAUUUAUUUCGGCAAAAUUCAGGAUAUUAGGAUUAUACGUGGGAAGGCAUCCGUUUAUAUUUAUAAUCGUUCCGCUAAUAAUUGCUAGUAUAUUGUCACUUGGAUUGAAAAAAUAUCAUCUGGUAUACGAUACAGAAUAUCUUUACUGUCCACGAAGUGGUAGAGCCAUACGUGAUAGAGAAGUUGCCGAAACUCUCUUCCCUCCGGAUGAAAAUAAUUUCGAUAUAAUGAAAAUGAUGCGGUUUGGAAGAAUGGGAAUGCUUCUAAUGGAAGCUAAAGAUGGAGGCUCGUUGUUAAGAGAAAAUAUACUAAAAGAAAUUAAGAACAUAGAUAAAAUUAUUCAAAAUAUUACCGUGAAUUACCAUAAUAAGACUUACCAAUUUGAACAGUUGUGUUUAAGAUCUGCUAAUAGAAAAUGCGUCGAAAAUUAUGUUCUUAGUUUAAGUGGAAAAAUGGAAGAUAUUAAAAAUAAUAAAUUUCGUAUGAAAUUUCCUUUCGAAGUGAAAAAGGAAUCGAAUAAACUUUUACUUUCGGUUGUAAAUUUUGGUGGUGUGACGACUGACGAAAAUGAUUACAUUUUGGAAUCGAAAGCAAUUAGACUUACUUAUUUAUUAAAAUAUACAACUAAAGAAUGGAACGAAAUAUCAUUAGAAUGGGAAAGUAAAUUUUUGGAAACUGUAUCACGUUUAAAAUCAAAACGUUUGAAUUUUUAUAAAUUCAUCGGUGGUACCUUCGAUAACGAAUUUCAUAAAGCUACAGAAAUGGUUCUGCCAUUCGUUCUUUUCGUUGCACCAUUAAUGGCAGCAUUUGCCGUUAUAACGUCCAUGACUAAAGAUUGGGUUACAAGUAAACCUUGGAUAGGAAUUGCUGGAUGUAUAUGCCCCAUAAUUGCUGGAAUGGCUGCUUUUGGUUUGCUUCUUUUCUGUGGUGCUGAAUACAUCGAUUUAAAUAUAUCUAUUAUUUUUCUCCUAUUAGGUAUAGGUUUGGACGAUUCGUUUGUACUUUUAGCUGCCUGGAGAAGAACGGAUUCUAACGAUAGUGUUGAAAAAAGGAUAAGUGAUGCUUAUUCCGAAGCUGCAACAUCCAUAACGAUUACUUCUUUAACAAAUUUUAUAUCAUUUACUGUAGGGAUGACAACACCUUAUAAAGUGAUACAGAUUUUUUCUGUUUAUGCAGCAUUAUCUAUUCUUUUCGAUUAUCUUGUUCAAGUUACUCUUUUUGGAGGAAUAUUAGCCCUUAGUGGCUUCAGGGAACAGAAUAAACUGCAUUCACUCUUCUGCAUUGGUGUAAACCCUACCAAGCAUUACAUUUCAGAAAACGCAUUGCAUCGAUUUCUACAUGUCGGUUUGAUUAAAGAAAGUGCAGAUCUCGAAGACAGUAAUAUAUUUUUGAAAAUAUACAAAGACUUUAUUGGAAAAGCACUGACACAGCCAUCCGUAAAAUUAAUGGUUAUAUUAUUUUUUAUAAUAUAUAUUUCUGGAGCCAUAUAUUGUUUAGGAAUUCUCAAACAAGGUUUCGACUACAGAAUUGCAGUUCCUAAAAAUUCCUACUCGUUCGAUUUCAUUACUAAGCAUUAUCAAUAUUUUGUUCAGUAUCCUCACGGUAUACAAGUCAUUAUUAACCAAACAUUGGAUUAUUCUGAUCCACAAGUACAAAAAGAUGUUACUGAAAUAGUUCGUAAAUUUUCGACUGCUCCUUACAUGGCUGGACAAGAUAUGGUAGAUUCGUGGCUUAAAUUAUAUUUAUUAUCAUUAAAUGAUACAAAACUCUGGCUAUCGUAUAGAGGAUACGAUAUGACGAAAUCAGAAGAUUUUCUUAAGGGUUUUGUUGAUGUUUUUCUUAAAAUUCCUUAUUAUAGAAGAUACAGAAAUGAUGUCGUGUUUAAUAAAAAUAUGACCCAAAUUAUUGCAUCUAGAUAUUUAGUUGCCAGUAAAGAUAUCAACGAUUUUGAUUUGGAACGUCAAAUGUUAACCAAAUUAUGGGAAUUAGCUGAUUCUUGUAAGUAUCCUGUAUAUGUACAUAACUACUGGUUUGCCAUUCUAAAUCAGCAUAUAAAUAUUAAAGAAAGUUCAGUACAAGCAAUAUUAAUUGCUGCUCUAACUGUAACUGUGAUGUUUUUUCUGUUUGUACCACAUUUACUAUGUGCUGUUUGCGUGGCUCUAACUAUUGCUUCGGUAUUGAUCGGAGUGAUCGGUUAUAUGUCGUUACUGGGUAUUAAUUUGGAUACUGUAUCUAUGUUAAUUCUCAUAAUGGCUACUGGUUUAUCUGUAGAUUAUGCUGCUCAUAUAUCUUACGCUUAUAUUACAGCCAAACAGAAAAAUCCAAACGAGAAAACAAAGAGAGCUCUAGAGGUAGCUGGUCAUCCUAUUUUUCAAGGGUGUAUAACAUCUAUUGUUGCAGUUGCCAUUCUUGGACUUGGACCUUCGUAUUCUUUUAUUAUCGUUUUUAAAAUUGUAACAUUGCAAAUGGUGUUCGCGUUUUUGCACGGUAUAUUUUUGCUACCUGUAUUGUUAAAUGUAUUGGAAAGUUUCAUUUUAUGUUUGACCAGAAAAUUUCCCGAAGAAGAAGAAGAGCAUUCAGAAUGCGAUGUUGAAAAUAAAGAAGCCAUAAACUUUCUUAUGAAAGGAGAAGAAUCCGUAACAACAGACUGUAAUAAUUAACAUACCUGGGAUUGAUUUAGUCAUUAAAACAUACACUGACAAAUUAUUAUAUGUUAUAUAGUAAGAAAAAAAUUAAUAAUAUUAAUUAAUUUAUUUAUAGAAGUGCAAAUUGUAUUGUGAUCAUUUCAAACACUUGAAACUAAUAUUAAAUAAAAGGCU